AUGCAAUCGUGUUGGAGUCGCGUCUUCGUCGCGCUGUCUUCACGUAUGCCUCAACCCACGCCGCGGGAGCGUUUCGCAUCGCCACCACCACCGCCCCCCGCCAUGUCUUAUCGGGGUCCGCUGUAUGCCGUG